AAACUGGAAGCAGUUGGAAGAUGAAAAACAUCCAUCCUGCCUCUCACCCUUUCGAAUUAGGGUUUGGAACUGAAGCAUUUGUAACACCUGCACCGCAAUGCUAUGUGAGAAUAUUUUUAUGUAGGAUUGUUGUUCACGGAUUCCGGUUCUGGUGAGGGUCGUAACAUGUGGGAAAAGGAGGUUACUGACUUGGGUUUCUUUUUCUCUUUUUUUCUUUUUUUCUUUCUGUUCCGGCAUCUCCAAUUGUGCCGCAUCAGAUGAGCUGAAGAACAGGGUGUGCGUGUCUAACGAAGUGAAGCAGGAGCAGGCUCAAUUCAAUGGUAGGCGUCUGUUCAUACGCAAGAUUGGAUUUUGAGCCGUCGUAACUAUGUCUGGGUCUUCACGGGACAACUCAAAUGAUUUGUGUAGAAUUUUUGUCAAAGGGGCUGAACAAGUAACGGUUUCAAAGAAGAGAGCGAGGGAUGUGAAUACGGCGCGCGGUGCUGCUGCUUUUACAGCUGAAGAGUCGACUUCCUCCUAUGGUAAUUUUGGGGGCUUGCCUUCAAACUUCCAGUCAAGAACACCGUCAGGCAGGAACUCACAAUCGCUUUUGGGGAGUUCCAGUAGGCCUCUUGAAGCAAGUGGAAACAAUGAAGCUGCCUCUGUCCGUUCAGAUCCUCUGCCGGAAUCAAAUAUCGGCUUCCAGUUACUCAAGAAAUCUGGGUGGAAGGAAGGUACAGGUCUUGGUGUAGUAGAGCAGGGCAGGUUGGAUCCAGUCGAGAGCUAUUUGAAACAGGAUCGGCGGGGUAUUGGGGCGGAUUUGAAGAAAAACAAGUCAACGAUGAGCUCUGAAAACAGGCAAAAUCGAAAAAAUGCUGUUAAAGAGCCGGCAGAUGGUAAAAAGGAGAAGGUCUUAUCAAAAAAGGCGAAGAAAGCACUUGCUAUAGCUGAACGUGAACGAGAACAUGCCCUUGCUGCCGCUUUUUACAGAGAAUUUUGGCCUGAAAACGUUUGAUGUGACCUUCAAUUGUACAGCGUUUUGUAAAAUAUGAGGGCAUUGAUUUAUAUACUCAAAUUAAUCAUAAUGAUUCAUUGUAUUACCAACGUGGCUUAUCCUCGCGAUUGUCGAUGUGGCCAAAAUGGUAUUCGUUCACAACCUGUGUCCAUGUUAUCGAGACACGUCCCAUGUUUAUUUUUUAGUGUCUUGCGUAUUCGUCCAUGCCGCAGAGUUUCAAUGAAAAAUUAUUAGCGAAA